CCUCGCACAAGCACCCGCUCAAGCACAUCUCUCCUCGCCUCUCUCGACGCACCAACAGGCCUCACCCACCUCUUCUCAACACCAACCUCAACAUGCGCUGCUCCUCCAUCAUCGCCGCCACGGUCCUGCUCGCCGGUGCCGCCGUCUCGGCGCAGUACGCGGAUGCCGACCACCACGACCUCGCUGCGCGCGAGGCUGCCGCUGCCGAGUGGUACGCUCGCGCCGCCGAGGAGGAGCUGGCCGCGCGCCACGAGGCCGCGUGGGCCGCUCGCGACUACGACGACGAGCUGCUGGCGCGCGCCUACAUGGCCGCGCACGACGAGGAGCUGGCCGCGCGUGCGGCGCCCAAGAAGGCUGCCGCCAAGUCCAAGUCCAAGGCCAGCCAGCACACGUUCGGCUGGUCCGGCAAGGGCUACAAGGGCGGCGAGCAGGCCCACCGCGAGUUCGCCACGGCCUGCAACGCCGCCGCCAAGCGUCACGACUCGAACAUCUACAGCCUGGUGGUGCGCGACGCGGGCCGCGAGAAGAGCCGCGCCUACUGCUACACGUUCAAGGGCCCCCAGGGCCAGCUGCACGACCACAGCGCCGAGAUCGCCGGCCAGCUCACGUGGAAGAAGCUCUAAGCGGGCACACAAGAGCGGCACGACGCUGCUCGCGGUUGAGCGCUGCAGCAGCUCCCGUUGUCCAUCGUAUCCGAUCUCGCUUCUUCCCGCUUACCGACACCCGUGCCAACGCGCCGCCUGGAGCUGUGGCCGCUGCGCCGCCUA